CACCUGUUCUGACCUGCUGAGCAGGUUCCCAAGUUUCUGCCGUCGUUGUUGGCCACGGCGUGGGAAGCAGCUCUGGGGGAGCUCGGAGCUCCCGAGCACGGCUUCUUGGGGGUAGUAGCCACAGCUGGGUGGGUGGAACGGGGCCUGGUCCCCCCGUGGAGACCCCAGUGGGAUAGGCAGGUGUGUCAGUGCCUGAGGACUCUGUGACUUCCUGCCUUCUGGGUCAGUUGCCCUAUCCAGCUCUAAAGCCGGCUCCCAGGGAGAACUCAGCGGAACUUCAGAAACACGGGUAGCUCUGCCUUUCGACCAAUGCCUCUGUCCCUGGGAGCCGAGAUGUGGGGGCCUGAAGCCUGGCUGCUGCUACUGCUUCUGGCAUCAUUUACAGGCCUGUACUCGGCAGGGGAGCUGGAAACCACGGACCUGGUGACAGUGGUGCUGGGCCAGGACGCAAAGCUGCCCUGCUUCUACCGAGGGGACCCUGGCGAGCAGGUGGAGCAGGUGGCAUGGGCUCGCGUGGACAUGAGCGAGGGUGCCCGGGAGCUGGCGCUGCUAAACUCCAAAUACGGGCUGCACGUGAGCUCGGCCUAUGAGGGCCGCGUGGAACAGCCACCACCCCCACGAAACCCCCUGGACGGCGCCGUGCUCCUGCGCAACGCGGUGCAGGCGGAUGAAGGCGAGUACGAGUGUCGCGUCAGCACCUUUCCUGCCGGCAGCUUUCAGGCGCGCCUGCGGCUCCGAGUGCUGGUGCCUCCCCUGCCCUCGCUGAAUCCUGGUCCAGCGCUAGAAGAGGGCCAGGGCCUGACACUGGCAGCCUCCUGCACAGCAGAGGGCAGCCCGGCCCCCAGCGUGACCUGGGACACAGAGGUCAAGGGCACGACAUCCAGCCGCUCCUUCACGCAUUCCCGCUCAUCCGCUGUCACUUCAGAGUUCCAUCUGGUGCCCAGCCGCAGCAUGAAUGGGCAGCCACUUACCUGUGUGGUGUCUCACCCUGGCCUGCUCCAGGACCAAAGGAUCACCCACAUCCUUCAAGUGGCCUUCCUUGCUGAGGCCUCUGUGAGGGGCCUUGAAGACCGAAAGCUGUGGCAAGUUGGCAGAGAAGGAGCUAUGCUCAAGUGCCUGAGUGAAGGGCAGCCCCCUCCCUCGUUCAACUGGACACGGCUGGACGGGCCUCUGCCCAGUGGGGUACGAGCAGAAGGAGACACCCUGGGCUUCCCCCCACUGACCACUGAGCACAGUGGCACCUACGUCUGCCACGUCAGCAAUGAGCUCUCCUCGAGGGAUUCUCAGGUGGUUGUGGAUAUUCUUGCAGACCCUCAGGAUACCCCAGGGAAGCAGGUGGACCUGGUGUCGGCCUCCGUGGUGGUGGUGGGUGUGAUCGCCGCGCUACUGUUCUGCCUUCUGGUGGUGGUGGUGGUGCUCAUGUCCCGAUACCAUCGGCGCAAGGCCCAGCAGAUGACCCAGAAAUAUGAGGAGGAGCUGACCCUGACCAGGGAGAACUCCAUCCGGAGGCUGCAUUCCCAUCACUCGGAUCCCAGGAACCAGCCGGAGGAGAGUGUAGGGCUGAGAGCCGAGGGCCACCCUGAUAGUCUCAAGGACAACAGUAGCUGCUCUGUGAUGAGUGAAGAGCCAGAGGGCCGCAGUUACUCCACGCUGACCACCGUGCGGGAGAUUGAAACACAGACUGAACUGCUGUGUCCAGGUUCUGGGCGGGCUGAGGAGGAGGAAGAUCGGGACGAAGGCAUCAAACAGGCCAUGAACCAUUUUGUUCAGGAGAAUGGGACCCUGCGGGCCAAGCCCACGGGCAACGGCAUCUACAUCAAUGGGCGGGGGCACCUGGUCUGACCCAGGCUUGCCUCCCUCCCCUAAGCCUGGCUUCCUCUGCUGACGUGGAAGAGUUCAGCUUAUCCCCAGGGGAGCCUCCCUAAACACUCCUUUCUCGAGUAAGAUGCUCCCCAUCCCACUGACUGCUCGACCUUUUCCUCCAGCCCUUCUGUUAGAUGAUGGAAGGGCUCUCCUGGUUGAGUCUCUCCCACAGUGCGUGCAGGUCACUGUGUGUGUGUCUGUGCUUGUGUGAAUAUUCUCUGACUGUGUGUGUGUGUGUGAGUGUGCAGGAGGAUGUGUAUGCCUGUGGUGUGCAUCAUGCUGUCACGUCAGAGUCCACGUGAACCGUGGUGUAUCUGCCACAGGAUUCCGUGGCUGCGUGGAGAACGCCAUGGGGGAUUGGUUUGUGUGUCGUGUGGUUGUGUGACCUUUGCCUGUAAAACAGGUGUUCUUCUCAGACCCCAGAGCAGUAUUAAUGAUGCAGAGGUUGGAGGCGGGAGGUGGAGACUGUGGGCCAGACCCAGGUGUGCGGGCAUAGCUGGAGCUGGAAUCUGGCCUCCUGAGUCAGGGAGCUGGGCUCCCAUCACUUGGGAGCCGUUGGGGCAAGUGUGAAGCAGCAGGCCUAGGGGGUCUGCCAGGGGCUCAAACUGUUACAGAAGAAGGCCUCUGCCCUCUGGUGGCCUCUGGGUCUGCUGCAUGUACAUAUUUUCUGUAAAUAAACCUGCACAGGGGAGCUUCUUUAAGGAAUACUGCCCCCAGCCCACUAAUAAGAGAAUAGACUUUAAAAAAAAACAAAAACAUUCGAUUCACCUGGAUGUUUAUUAUUACAAGAAUCGCUUAAAGUGACAUCAGCCUACACAGGAAUUCAGCAAAGCUAGAUCUUGCUCAGGCCUCACCCCAGGGGGUUAAUUCCUGUGGUUCUGAACAGUGCUCGCUCUAAGGCAUCUUAAUCUAGGCAGACUCUCGGGAGGGAACUAAAGAGCUGGAGGGGUUUGAAGGAGGGGUGCGUGCCCCACCGUUAUUGGCUGUGGGUGGGCAGGUAGUGUCCGUGGCCCUCGUGGCUCCUCAGCUCUUCCCCUAGCCUCAAAUUUUCUUAGUUGUAGCCACGGUUGUUUGCAGUCCCUUGUUGAGGGGGUGGCUGGGACUUGGUGACAGUCCCUGGUUCAGUCGCGGGAGAGGGGAGAGAGAAUAGGGAUUCUAGACCAAGGGAGGGUGGGAGGUCAGGUGAGGUGAAGGAGCUGCUGAGGCAAGGAUGUCUCCUUUCCUUGGGGUCUCGGGCUCACUAACUUGGGGCUCUUCCAGCCGUUUCUCUGGGGAGCGGGCUGGGGUUAGAGAAGUCCCACCAAAUAUAUUUAACCAGAAUAUCUAGAUGUAGUGCCCAAACCCUGCUCGGCCUGAACACUGCUGGAUUUCUGGACCAAAGGAGAGCCUCCCAUCCCCUGCUCCCCAAGCCAUCCCAGGAUUUUGGAUGUGGAACUAGAAGGUACAGAAUUCUAGUAUGUACAUUUUGUGUAAAUAUGUGCAUAUGUGUACAUAAAAUGAUAUUCUGUUUUUAAAUAAACAGAUAAAACCUGUUC